CGUAUGAAUUAUCAUUGGAAUGCAUUCAUCCUUCUACGUAAUUUUUACUUCGUUUAAUUAUUACUGAAAUUACUUUUGUACUCUCAAUAAAUUUUAUAAUAUUCAACAUUCAUGGAUUUUAACACGGACGAUAGAACUAUUUGGUGUGGAAAUUUAAGCACUAGAAUAACAGAAGAAAUACUAUAUGAAUUAUUUUUGCAGGGUGGGCCUAUACAAAGAGUUUCUAUUCCUAAAGAUCAUGAAGGCAAACAAAGGUCAUACGGAUUCAUAACAUACAAACAUUUUUGUUCUGUAUCGUAUGCUUUAAAGCUAUUCGAUGGUACAUCUCUGUUUAAUCGUACUCUUAACAUGAGAGCAAGAAGAAACAUAAAAUUACGACAAACUAAUUCACAAAAUACGAAUCUAAUCCAUCAUGCGAAUUCCAAUGAAAUGCUUAUAUUAGGUCAAGAAAUAUUAUUAGGAACUGAUAUGCCUCGUUUAAGAAGAACCUCAUUUGUCUCAAAUAUAAUAUAUGAUGCACCUCUGAAAUACUCGGAUUAUGUUUCUUCUAGUGACAAAGAUGAUAGAAGAUACAGACGGGUGCAUCCUUAUCAGAGAGAUAGAAAUCCUAAAAGUGCUAGUCAUCAUAGAGAUCACAAUUCUUCUAGACAUUAUUACCACUCUAGAUAUAAAAAUGGCAGAUAAAAAAUAAAAGAAUAUAAAAUAA